UCCUCUGGAUAGCAUUGAGUCCCUGGCUGCCUACUACGUGAGCUGCGUCAGGCAGGUGCAGCCGGACGGCCCGUACAGAGUCGCUGGAUAUUCUUCUGGUGCCUGUGUAGCAUUUGAAAUGUGCUCUCAGCUGCAGACCCAGAAUCAGCCUGUGGAGUUCCUGUUUCUCUUUGAUGGCUCACAUUCAUAUGUGGCAGCGUACACACAGAGCUACAGAGCCAAGCUAACACCCGGCAACGAGUCUGAGGCUGAGACUGAAGCCUUGUGUGCCUUCAUCCAGCAGUUCACUGGCAUUGAAUACAACAAGCUUUUGGAGACUCUGCUUCCGCUGUCAGACCUGAAUGCACGCGUCAGUGUGGCCGUGGACCUAAUCACCUCCGCUCACAAGGACAUCGACCGAGACUCACUGCACUUUGCAGCCUCCGCCUUCUACUACAAGCUAAAGGCUGCUGAUGCAUAUGUACCUACUGCAAAAUACCACGGCAGCGUGAAGCUGCUGCGCGCCGAAACCAGCAGCGAAUAUGAGCAAAACCUGGGAGCUGACUAUAAGCUCAUCGAGGUCUGUGAUGGCGAGGUGUCGGUCCACGUCAUCAAGGGAGAUCACCACACUUUCCUAGAAGGCGCGGGGGCGGAGUCUAUCAAGAACAUCAUUCAUAACUCGCUGGCUGAGCGAGCUGUCAAACCAAGGGAGGGUUAAACAUCCACCGUCUCUUCACCCUAAUUCCUCAGCUUUCCCCAAACUAGACUGUAAAUGUGUCGUUAUAGGAAGUGUUUGCACUGCUUAUGUUUACACGCUACUGUUAUCCUAAUAUCCCAAAUGUUAAUGGUUAGUGAACCAG